GAGCUAAGUAGGCGUGGCUCCCCAUUCUGAGGGUGUUAUUGUGAUAAUUUGGAGGGAGAGACAGAGAGAGAAUGAUGGCUCUUCCCGCUGAUCCAGACCCCAUUACUGCUAGCGAGGACUAUGCUCAAUUCAGGAGCACCAUACCUCAGAGAAAAGUGGUGGUCGAUAGAUCCAGUAUGACCUGGGUAUUAUAUGAUGCUGGUCCACGGCACAUUAAGAGUCCGUUGGUUUGUCUACCUCCGGUCUGUGGGUCGGCCGACGUCUUCUUUAAACAACUCAUGCACCUUUCGGCUAAAGGAUACCGUGUAAUAUCUGUUGAGUAUCCUGUCUACUGGAGUGUCGAUGAGUUCUGUGAGGGUUUUUUAAAACUAAUAGAUCACCUUGAGCUAACUAAAAUACACAUUCUGGGUGCUUCUUUGGGAGCUUUUGUUGCUCAGAAGAUGGCGGAAAAGACAGAGAAGAGUCCCAGGGUAGCGUCCAUAUUUAUAUGUAACGGGUUCAUUGAUACCACGGCCUUUAAACAAACCGGGAGUGCGAAAGCUUUUUGGUUGAUGCCAGCCUUUAUGCUAAAGAGACAGAUACUGGUCAACCUACCGAGUGAGAAAUUAGAAAUGGACGUGGCCAAUUCAAUAGACUUUAUGGUUGAAAGAUUGGAUAUUCUCUCAAAGGAUCAACUAGCCUCAAGACUAACGAUGAAUUGUGCCGCUAAUUACGUGGAGCCUCAGAGACUAAAAGAUGUCUACAUCACAAUAAUGGACGUAUUUGAUGAGUCAGCAUUAUCGACGAGAUGUAAAGAAGAGAUGUAUAAGUGUUACCCUGACGCUAAAAGAGCUCAUCUUAAAACUGGAGGGAAUUUCCCUUAUCUGUCAAGAAGUGAUGAAGUCAAUACUCAUUUAGAAAUUCAUCUACUGCCAUUCCAAGGCACCAGGUAUUGCGUGAAAGAUCCUGAACUAGUUGAUCCAGAAGAGAUUAAAGCAGCUCGAGGAGAAAUAGAGUUACCCACCACCUGAUAGAGAGAGACUAGUUUAGUCUUAGGAGAAUGUUUUCAUUGUUUGUAUUACGCUGUUGAGACUGAGUUAUUCUUUUAUAAUUCAAAAUAAUAUUUUAA